GACAAGAGAGAGAGAGCAGUUGUCCAAACACCAGCCAAUCGAUUAAUGGCGCAACAGGCUCCCUGCGUAUAUGUAGCCCGAGACGUCAUCCAUCAUUAUCCAUGUGUGAGGCAUCCCUUGGAUCGGAGCCGCCGUUCCAAACUUUGUCUGCAGUGGUCUGUUGAGAGACGGCCAAGAGGAGAGGAUUGUUGUUCCCUCCUCUCAACAUGCAUCGGACGACCAGGAUAAAGAUCACCGAGCUCAACCCUCACCUCAUGUGCGUGCUGUGCGGGGGAUACUUCAUCGACGCGACCACCAUCAUCGAAUGUCUCCACUCAUUUUGCAAAAUGUGCAUCGUGCGCUACCUGGAAACCAGCAAAUACUGUCCCAUCUGUGAUGUACAAGUGCACAAAACCAAGCCUCUGCUCAACAUCAGGUCUGACAAAACUCUACAGGACAUUGUGUACAAACUGGUCCCCGGCCUCUUCAAAAAUGAAAUGAAGAGGAGGAGAGACUUUUACGCAGAGCACCCGGUAGACGCUUCCAACGGAUCCAAUGAGGAUCGUGGCGAAGUGGCAGACGAGGACAAGAGAAUUAUCACAGAUGACGAGAUCAUCAGCCUCUCGAUUGAGUUCUUCGAUCAGACAAGACUGGGAGUUGGUGUGGAGACCAAGACGACUAAAGAUCAGGUGGCUAACAAGAGGUACCUGCAGUGUCCAGCAGCCAUGACAGUCAUGCAUCUGAGGAAGUUCCUGCGCAGCAAAAUGGACAUCCCAAGCACCUACCAGGUUGAAGUCAUGUAUGAAGAUGAACCUCUGAAAGAUUACUACACGUUAAUGGAUAUAGCAUAUAUCUACACUUGGAGAAGAAACGGCCCUCUGCCGCUCAAGUACAGAGUCCGACCCAACUGUAAGAAGAUGAAGGUGAGCCACGCGCAGCAGGAAGGCCAGAUCAGCGCGAGCAGGUCCGGUCCCGAGAGCGACUCCGCCAGCGACAAAGCCGGAAGUCCCGCCGGGGCCCCGUCCACGUCCUCGUCGCUGCCGAGCCCCGGCACGCCUGCGCAGUCCCCGCACCCGCAGCACCCCCACGGCCCCAAUAACGUCAACGGGACCCCGGCCGCCGCCCCCACGACCCCGAGCCGGUCCUUCACUCAGUACGGUAGCGGAGGCAGCGGCGGCAGCAAGCCCCGGAAGGUCUCCCUGAACGGCUCGUCGACCUCCUCCGGAUGACGCGGGGCUCCGGACCGAACCGGACCAGCCAACGCCAGAACCCCGCUCAGCUAAUACUGUUUUCAUGCCAACGUAGUUCCAUUGUGUAGACAAUGUUCUCUCUCUUUCUCUCUCUCCAUCUGUUGUUCUCAAUAUUCUGGCAUCACGUGUUAAGUUUCAAAAACGUAGUGGGAUCGGAGACAUUUCAAAAUAAAAGGAACGAGGAAGUUGGGUGACGUGGGGAUCUUUUUUUUUUUUUUUUUUUAAAUACGAAAGUGUUUUGAUGUCGAGAAAAAAGAAAGUUGGAAAAGGACAAGCAUUUAUCCCAUUUUAAAGCUACAUCUUUAUUUUACAGAAGUGACUGAAGAUAGACUUUUAUAUUUUCUUUUUUUCUCUGUCUCAAAUGAAAUGUGUUUAUCAUGAUGAUUUUGAUUUCAUGUGUGUUGGGAUAUUUUGAAACAUGCAUGCUCAUGAUAACACUUUUUUUUUUCUUUUAAUGAAAGAAGAUUCUGCGUGUUUUCCCUCACCCGUCUCGUUUUGACAGGUUGUUUUGGGAGUGUUUCAAGCAUCAACUUUUUAAUUUUUUUUUGUUCCGAUAAAAGACAGACAAACAUGUUUGUGUAGCGCUGCUGGCUUCACGGGAACGUUGCCUCUGGAGGAAAAAAAAGAAAACUUUAAAAAUCGCCUUGGAAAUAAAAAAAAAUUAAAAAAGAAGAAAAAAAAGUUUCUUGUAGCUGCAGUGGAAUCGGAUUGCUUAUGCUCCACGUCUUUAACACGUAUAAGCAGUUGUAGAGAAGCCACUUGUAAAUAGAAACAAAAUGCAUAUUUAAUCAGCGAUGAUGUUAUUUCUCUUAUUCCCCUUUUGUUCUGAGGGAAUGACUUGGGCUCCUGUUCGGCUCCAUUUCAUGCUCAAUGACAGAUGUUUUGAUGUCUCCCGUGUUUUCCGUAUUUGUAUCGCUCGAUUGUAUGGACAACUUAUUGUAUUGUUACUGUUGCACAGUAUAAAACAUCUAAAUAAAAAAAACAUUUUACACUUAUGAA